AUGCAAUGGAAACGGAUGGAAAAGCCAGCCCUGUUGACAAAACUCUUCCAGGAUCCCAAGUAUCUCAAAGCAGAGAUCGUCAUCGUCAUGCUCGGAUCCAACGACGUCCUGCGCAAGGACCCAUCGAUUACGCCACAGGAGACAGUGCGAAACCUGGAGUUGAUCUGUCAGGCAAUGAAGAGGACAGGAAAAGAAAAAAAAUCUAUCUACCUCUGCACCAUCCCCACUGCCGGUGAUGACACCUACCUGUCCGAGGAGCAAAUGGCCGACAACUUGACCAGGAACCAACUCAUCGAAGCCUAUUGCGACAAGUACGUCCCCAUGGUUCAGUGGACAUAUAAAAGAUUGGAGGUAGAUCUAGGAAAGACAGCAGGACUAACCCGAUCCAUUUCUUUCCUCUUUUCUAGGAACUCGGAUGGCGUGCUCCCAGGACUGAAAGUGGAUCUGGCGGGCAACUUUGAAAUGAAGCGCAGAAAUCUGUACUGGCAAGACGGACGCCAUUUCAGUUCUAUUGGAUACGCAAAGAUGGCCAAGGAUUGGGUGCCCAUUGUUCGACCUGACAUGGUCAAGCGUGAGUUUUCCUUGUUCCGAUCUGACCUUGGGCUUUGA